AUCUAAAGAAUUUUCUUUCUCUAUGCACUCUUCCUUUUCCAUUUGAUAUCAAGCAAUUCAAAAUUCAAAUGGAUUCAUAGAUUUCAAAAUUUUGAAUCUCUUACUCUAAAAUCUUCUCCUUCACUCGUUCUUUUCUCUCAAUCGCACCGCAUCCAUCCUGCUUUGCUGGAUUGGCCGAUAUCGUAUGAAAACCCUAAAGAUAGGCCCUCGAUUCUGAUUCCAGUUUAUAGCCAGCAAGGAAUAGAAGCUUAAAGGCGAGAUAUCGAUCCAAACUUCUUUCACAACAUCAAUUGGCCUUUAAGCCAAAGUGGUGGCUGGAGCUCCCUAAUCGAAGGCAUCACUGCAACAAACGAGUCCAACAUUGUUGUGAAGCAGCGGCUAUGGAGGUUCUUGGAGCGUUGCAAUCGGCUUUCAUAGACACAGAUGUCCAAAACACAAAUGAAAAGAAAUUGUGAUUCGUGUCUUGUUCGAACAACGCCCCUCUCUUCUGUCACAACUCUCGUUCCCUGCCCCCUUCACUCGGCAAUCAGCACUCAAUCAAGGGCGACGAUGCUUGUAUAGYUCAGUCUCUGACCACAUGAUCAAGAUCUUUCUCUAAUUAGAGCAACAAAUGGAGUGAUGGUGUUCGUGUGGUGCAUGCAUUGAGCCAUCUGGGAUGUACUCAUCGUGAGGGCCAAAAUUUACAGCUUCACCACGAAACAUAAUGAUCCUUGGAAACGCCUUCAGAACUAGAAUUAAAAUUACAAACGUGUCUUCAAGGGAGCAAGAAUUUUGGCGAAAGGUGGAAGAACUAGGAAAUCUUGUCAGAAAUUCCUUUUCUCAAAACCUUCUUACAAGUCGAGGGUCUUUAUAGAAAUAGACUCUACUCCUCAGGGUAGAGAUAACGUCUGUGUACAUCCUACUCUCCCCUGACUGUACUUCGCUUGGGAUUCACUCCGUUUGUUUGGUUUGGCUUGGCUUUGAAAGAACUAGGAAACAUUUCAUUUACCACCAUAAUUAGUUAAAAUGUUAUGCUAUCUCAAACGAUUAUAGACUAGUAAAGAUGUGGCUACGUUGUAAGAACCCUGUUCAUUGUUUGGAGGCUUUCGGAAAAUACUCAAAAUCUAGAUGGAUCCUCCAAACUUCUGGAUUGUCAGAUACGCCUUUCAAAAAACCGAAGCUUGCACCCCUACAGGAACGUAGAAUGAUAGACCGUCGCAGGCUGUGGGCUAAAGGAGGAGAUGGUGGCAAUGGUUGCUUUAGCUUCCACCGUAGUCGACAUGACCGCCGUGGUAGACCUGAUGGUGGCAAUGGUGGAAGAGGCGGUGACGUGAUACUAGAAUGUUCCUCAACAGUUUGGGAUUUGAGCAGCCUGCAACAUCAUAUCGUUCGGGACUUGAUUUUGGAGCUAGAAUUUUAUCACGAGGGUUUAUCAGGUAGGCCGUCAUUAAUUGUAGCGAAUAAAGUCGAUGAGGUCGGGGCUGGAGAAGUAUACGAGGAGUUAAGAAGAAGGGUGGGCGGUGUUAAGAUUUUCCGGGUUUGUGCAGUGUUGGGAGAAGGUGUGCUGGAGUUAAAAGACGGUCUCCGGAUGCUUGUGAACGGAGAGGACUCGAAUCAACUAGCAUUAGACAACAUUGAUGUUGAUUAGGACGAUCUGUGUUUGUGACAUUAAUCAUCAAUUUUGUUAUGGUUGGUACGACUUAGAUUUGGGUUAUCUUCUGAACACGAAUCGGGCUUUUUUGGUAAACCCUUUCG